CUCGCCGUUCGCGCGUCUGCAAGCAUGGUGAACGUUCCCAAAACCCGGCGAACUUUCUGUAAGAAGUGUGGCAAGCAUCAACCCCACAAAGUGACACAGUACAAGAAAGGCAAAGAUUCUCUAUAUGCCCAGGGAAAGCAGUGUUAUGACAAGAAACAGAGUGGCUAUGGUGGGCAGACUAAACCAAUUUUCCGGAAGAAGGCCAAAACUACAAAGAAGAUUGUCCUGAAGCUUGAGUGUGUUGAGCCCAACUGCAGAUCUAAGAGAAUGCUGGCUAUUAAGAGAUGCAAGCAUUUUGAACUGGGAGGAGAUAAGAAAAGAAAGGGCCAAGUACCGACAAGAAAUACAGACCUAACGAUCAAUGGAACAGAGUAG